AGUGAUCAAACCCUGGGUGAUCUGACAGUCUGGUGUUUGAAGUGAUUAUCAUGCUACGCAACAUAAAGGCUUACGCCCAGCUUUGGGCCUAAUUAGUUCACUUAGGGCCCUUUAUAAGACAUUGGUAGGGGACUGGAAAGUUCAGACACUUACUGUCACUCUUCUCAGCUGAAGAACAGGAUAGCAGCAGCAGACCUGGAUCCCUAAAGUUGACCUGCUGCUACACCAAAACAAACCAAUCUGAAGAUUAUCUGCUUUUCUGAGAAUGCCACACUUAACUGACUGCAGUUACUACAUGAUGCGGGACGCAACCAGAGCUUCAAAUGAGGAAGAGGGCCAAUUUAGGAUCAGUUUUGAAUCCUUUCAAAUCCUGCAGUUCUCUCCAUCUGUUGAAUGACCGACCAAGGUUGACAAGGUACACAGCCACCUGGAGAACUCCAAGUUCCACCUCCACCAGACCCCCAAUCAGCAGGUCAAGCAGUACCUGACGCUGGGCUCCAAGUUGGCCUCUUCGGCCGGGCAGGGCCACACCGUUCCGCAUCCACACACCCCUGGCCAGCAGCUGGCCACCGUGCCAAUCAUGAGGAAUGGACACAUGCCCUCUGUCAGCGACAGCAGCAACCCCAACAGCCCUGUUACCCUGCUCACUAUGGCCAAUCAUGACAGCGAGUUUCCAAUGGAUGAAGUUAUUGAUGACCUAAUUAGUCUUGAAUCCGGUUUCAAUGAUGGAGGCUUGGAUUGCAUGGAGCCUAACAUCAUAAUGCAAAACAAUGUGUCCCUCAGUGGCAGCAUGCUGGACGUCUAUGGGGGUGAACAAGGUAUGAACGCCCCUAAUGGUGGAAUGAGUCCCACAUCUAACCCCACAAAGCUCACUGUAAAAAGGGAAUACACAGAACACGACACAAGGGUGAUGGCCAAAGAGAGACAGAAAAAAGACAACCAUAAUUUGAUUGAAAGAAGGCGAAGAUACAACAUCAACUACAGGAUUAAGGAGCUGGGGACACUCAUACCAAAGUCGAAUGACCCUGACAUGCGCUGGAACAAAGGCACUAUCCUGAAGGCCUCAGUGGAGUACAUAAGGUGGCUGCAGAAGGAGCAGCAGCACGCUCGGGAGCUCGAGAGCCGUCAGAAGAAGCUGGAGCAAGCGAACAGGAGACUGCUGCUGAGGAUCCAGGAGCUUGAGAUACAGGCACGAGCACAUGGUCUCCCAAACAUGGCUACGGCCUUGGGGACAGCUGAACUAUCCUCCCAUCUACUCAAACAACAACAGCAGCAACAGCAGCAACAGCAGCAGUCGUCUCCCCAGACCCAGCAUUCCCAGCAGCCGCCCCUCUACCAGGAGGACCCCAACAGCGACUACCUCCAGAGGAUAGCCGUGGUCCCUGGCAUGCCAUCCAACCCCGCUGCCGGCGGGCCGCAGGAUCACAUCUCCGGCGCCGACGGCUGCACCGCGUUCUCCGAUCCGCUGUCCCACUUCACAGACUUCUUCAGUGCUACCCUCAAGGAGGAGCAUCGGCUGGAUGAGAUCCUGAUGGAUGACCCGCUCUCGCCCUUCGGCACCGACCCGCUCCUCUCGGCCGGCUCGCCUGGAGCAGCGUCCAAGGACAGCAGCCGCAGGAGCAGCUUCAGCUCUGCUGAGGGUGACGACCUAUAAGGGUGCCCUCUUCAGUUACACACUCUUGUUAUCUCCUCAUGACAACACGGUUGUAAUCCCCAGUGGUAAAGGGCAUACACAGAGCCUUCAAAAGACUGAUGGCUCCGGGCAUACAAUAAUGACCACUCACAGGGUUGCACGUAAUUUAAAUGACAGCUAACACACCUGACAGUGCCCCUCAAAGUGUCACCUGUAAAUAAAGUGUGUAGUUCUUGUUUAAGCAGGUAGGUGUUAGUGCUCGAUUGGCCCAAAAGCUUGCAUUCUUCAAAGCUCAGUGGGACCAGGAACAGCUCAUGGACCUCCUGCUCCUCCACCUGCUCUUUUUAACUUUUCUAUAGACAAUCAAUAUGUUUCUCUGCCUCCCGGACAGAGCAGAAACAGACUCACAAGAAAAAGGGAGACAUUUAUCAGCCUUCAAGUACAUUAUGUAAAUGACCAUGUCUACUGUUUUUUUGUUUUGUUUUUUUUGGGGGGGGGGGCACUGUGGUAGCUGUACACUGUAACAUAUGCAAAAUAAUCACUGAAAACCUGCCAAAACUGUCCUUUUUUACUACUUCACAAAAGGAUGUGAUGUGCCUUAUUCAAACUCCCAGUUUUGUCUUUAAAAAGAUAUGAACAUGUAACUGAUGUUCUCACCACAAUGCCUAACAUGUCUCUGGUCUUGUGUUUAUGUAUUUAUAUAUGUUUUAAUCCAUGUAUUCAUAAAAAAAGAUAUAUAUUAUUAUCUAACAUGUUACCUUUUUUAUUCUUAGUAGGGGUCGGAAAAAUAUAAUAAACCCCUUUUUUUGAUAUACCUUA